UUCCGAUCGCAUCGCCUCGGAACAAUCUGAGAUUCCUACGACUCAUCGCACCGCUGCAGAAUUACGAGAAGCCAAUUCCUGCAUUCUUUGCCUCCGUCACGACGACCCGGUUCCCAGCGCAAGCAGCAGCAGCUUCCACGCGCCACGCGCCUUUUGAGCGCUACCGAGUCUAGAAUCCAUCUCUGGGACAUUUAAAGAAAGGACUUGCUAUCUGGAAGCUUUCAAAAUGCCUAAAUUCUUCUGUGACUACUGUGAUGUCUAUCUCACGCACGACUCGAUGAGUGUGCGCAAGGCGCAUAACUCGGGAAGAAAUCACUUGAGGAACGUGGUGGAAUAUUACCAACAAAUCGGUCAGGAAAAGGCACAAUCGGUCAUUGAUUCGAUCACGUCUUCGUACGCUGCAGAGGGCCAGGCCGUUCCUAACCCUGCUAUGGUGCCGCCGGGUGCUUAUCCUCCUCCGCCAUUCGCGUUCCCUGGUCGACCAGGUCAACUUCCGCCUCCUCCAUUUGGUAUCCCUCCGCCAGGCGCACCAGGCGCACCCGGCAUGCCUCCCCCCGGUGCUCGCGGCCUUCCCUUCCCUCCUUUCCCUGCCGGCUCAGGCGCACCCCCUCCGGGUGGCCUUCCUCCUCUCCCCAACAUGCCCCCAGGCGGCCAAGCCUUCCCUCCUCCCCCAGGUGGCUUCCCUAACUUCCCCAUCCCCCCACCAGGCUCUGCCGGCUUCCCUCCUAUCCCGCCCCCUGGAGGUCCCGCAGGAUUCAGCCCCAGCCCGGCCCCUGGUGGUAUGCCGGGCCAAGAAGGAUUCUCUCUACCGCCACCACCUGGGGGUAUGCCUCCGGGCAUGGCAGGUCCUCCCCCUGGUCUCGGCGAGGGUCGAUGAUUUUGUAAACCAUUUUUCCUUUUGAUCUGUUUCCAGUCUCAUUUCUAGCACUUUUGUCUUUUUUUCCCUUCUUAGAUGAGGGUUUUUUACUUUUUUAUUUUUUUUUCUAACGGUCCCGGCGUGAUGUGUUCAAUCUUUUUGAGGAAAAACUUGACGAACAAGAACAAGCAAAAUAUA